AUGGGGAGGCAUUUCAUGGCGUGGGCAUCCUUGGCGUUGCUCUCGGCGCUGGCUCGGGGGGAGGUGUGCGCCGAAUGCAGAGAUGACGACCUGAUUCCAGAUUUCUCCUUUCUCCAGGUGAAUCAGAACAUCACGCGGAGCAACGGCUCGAACAGCAGUCUGGCGAGAACGCUGGCGGGCGCGUCGCCGUCGGUGGUGGUGGCUACGCCGCCUGCCGGCCCCAGCGAGGUCAUGUCUCUCACAUUCACAAAGAGCUCCGUGCACUCGGAGACCACGAACGCGGGGACCGUGCUGCUGGACCUGGUCAUUCUUGUCCUGAUGCUCAUUCUCAUGGGGCUCUGUUGCAGCCGCUUCAUCCUCGUCAGUACUCCAGAUCAGGCCUCGAGAGGCCCGAGCCCAGGCAGCCCCAGCAAGGCCAAGGAUCCCAAUGCAGCAGCGGCGCUCCUUUCCUCGCAGGCGGUUCCGAUUCCCGUGCUCUGCCCAGAGUUUGUGAUGAAAGCUAGCGAGUCUCGCUUCACCAUCGACAUGGCGCACAUCACCGGCCCUGUACAGUCCUUUCCGAUCAAUCUUCCAAGCGGGAAGAAAGUUCUCGAGGCCACUUCCCAACAGGGAGGCAUGAUCACCAUCACUGACGUGGAGCAGCAGGCAAGGCGAAUGAUGAUCCGAGCAAGCUCAUCGGGCGGAAGACCGUUGUUGACGAUCUAUGACGGUAGCGGCGCCUUCUUUGGCAAAGUCUCUGCAGAUGGGAAUGGUGUGGUUCUGUACAGCAUGCAGAGUCCAUGCGCCCUGAUGAAGACCACCGAUGUGGCGGGCUGCAGCGUGGAGUUUCAGACGCUCAAGGAGCCGCGCGCGAUUAUCGCGAGGACCUUCAAGAAAGGGGAGGAACUUCGCGCCCAGGUCUCGGCAGACUACGAUGGGAUCUUGCUGAUGGGGUGCGUCUUGGGAGUCAUCCUCCUGCAGCCUGAGAUGAUGAAGAUGGGCCUGUAA